AUGGGAUGCGUAUCGUCUCGGCCCCAGGUCGAUGAUGCGCUGGAUGAAAAGCGCGCCCUGCUUAUCGAAUAUGCUUCGAGAGUGACGCACACGUCUCAGGUGGAUACGUCAGAGCGGCUGCAUGCCUUGCGGGAGGCGAUGCGGGCGUGUUGUGUUGAUGCGUAUGUGAUCGGGACAGAAGAUGCCCAUGCGUCCGAAUAUUCGGCUGCGUGUGAUCAGCGUCUGACAUACAUAUCCGGAUUUACCGGCAGCACAGCGACGGCGGUCGUGCUGGCUGAUUCGGCGCAUUUGUUCACCGAUGGCCGGUACCAUGUCCAGGCAGCGCAGCAGCUCAGUCGGGCGUGGACCUUGCACAGGGUCGGCGAGCCCCACGUAGCCUCGUGGCGUGAGUGGCUGCAAGGUCCCGAUGUGCCGCGUGGCGCCUACGUCGGUAUGGAUGCAUCGCUCGUGUCGUACAAGGACGCCGUGACACUCAAAGCCGCGCUGGCCUCUCGCGGCGUGACGCUGGUCUUUCCCGAAGCCAACCUCGUGGACGAUAUAUGGGGUGAGGCGCGCCCUGAGCCGAUGCUCGAGCCCGUGUACGAAUACAAGCUGCAGUUUGCUGGCGUGCAUGCGGCUGAGAAGCUCGCCAAGCUGCGCGAGUGGCUCAGGGAGCAGGGCACCUCGUCUGCCUAUGUGAUAUCGGCCCUUGAUGAGGUGGCAUGGCUUUUGAACCUGCGCGGAGCUUCCAUUCCUUGUCAUCCCGUGUUUCCCGCGUACAUGAUCGUGACGCAGCACGCGGCCGCCCUGUUUCUCGACCCUCGGCUGAUCCGGCCGCCCAUUCAAACGUACCUCGCCAAGCUUCAGGUGAGUAUCUAUGACUACGACGCCGUGUGGCGGUCGCUACGAGAGGCGGAGUACGAGCGCGUGUUCGUGGAUGUCCGGGCCUCGUAUGCGCUUGUGCACGCGGCCGGUGAAGACCGCACGAUUGUGCAAACAGCCGCGAGUCCCGUGGCCCUAGCCAAGGCACGUAAGAAUGCGGUCGAGAUCCUGUGCAUGAAGCGCGCGUACAAACGUGAUGGAGCCGCGUGGGCCAAAUGGGCUGCAUGGAUGGAAGACGAAAUGAAGCGAGGUGCGAACCUAUCUGAGCGUCGCGCUGCGGAUGCCCUGGAGCGGAUCCGCGCCAAGGACCCACUGUAUGCCGGCAUGCAAGCGUACGAUGCCAUCAGCGCGACGGGUGCCAAUGCCGCCCUGCCCCAUUAUGAGACGCCGCUCGAGGAUGCGCCGCUGAUCGACCGCGUCUCGCCGUACCUGAACGACUCUGGGCCGCAGUACUACGACGGCACGAUCGAUACGACACGCACGAUGCACUUUGGCACACCCACGCCAGAGCAAAAGCGGGCGUAUACACGUGUGUUGCAGGGCCACAUUGCUUUGUCGCGCGCCAAGUUUCCGCAGGGCACAACGGGUGCGCAGCUCGAUAUGCUCGCGCGCCAGCCGCUGUUCCAGGACGGUCUAAAUUAUCUGCACGGUACGGGACACGGCAUCGGUGCGUUUCUGAAUGUGCAUGAAGGACCACAUGGAUUCUCGUCGUCGUCUGGCGGGGCGUCCGUGCCAGUAGCGCUGCAACCAGGCAUGAUCCUGAGCAACGAGCCCGGGUACUACAAGACGGGCGCAUUUGGCAUACGCAUUGAGUCGGCGAUGCUCGUGCGGCCCGCGUCACCAGCAUCCGACAGCCACGAAUGGCUCGAGUUUGCGACGCUGACGCGUGUGCCGAUCAGUACCAAACUUGUCGAUGGGUCCUUGCUACGUCCCGACGAGGCGGCAUGGCUACGGGCGUACAACGAGCAAUGUCGCGACGAUAUUCUGCCGCUCGUUAAGGGCGACUAUCGCGCGGAGAAGUGGCUGCAGCGUCAGACACUUUGGCCGAUUCCUUGA